GUCUGUAUCCUGGCCAUGAUGCCUCUUGUCAAGCUGCACGAUAUGACGACCCGGGACUUGGCCCAUAGGAUCGGAGGUUCCAGAACCGGAUUGUUGAAUGCCAGUAUGAGUAACAUUGUGGAAAUAGUCAUAGCUGCUACAGCGCUUCGGAAGUGCGAGCUCAGUGUCGUGCAGUCCACUCUGAUUGGCUCCAUGUUGAGCAAGCUUCUUCUCGUAUUGGGAUUGUGCUUCUUCGCGGGCGGUCUGCGCUUCACCGAACAAGCUUUUGACGCUUCCGCCACGCAGGUUCAUUCUUCACUGCUUAGUAUCAGUGUCGGCGCCGUUCUUCUCCCCGCCGCGUACCAUUUUUCGAUCAGUGGUGGAAGCAACACGGCCUCCUUUGAGCAGCGACUUGACAUCCUCCAGAUGAGCCACGGUGUCGCUAUCAUUCUCCUUGUGAUAUACGUCGCCUACCUUUUCUUCCAGCUCUACACCCAUCGCAAUUACUUCAAAGACAAGGAAGAAAAGUCAAAACACCACGACCUACAGGCACCCGAUCUCAAGCCCCUCAAGAGUCUUUACAUGGCCAGUCGCUCGACGCUCAACAUCGCUGCCUACGCCGGCAAAGACAGAUCAAAGACCCCCGCGCAGAGAUUUCCCAACAGCCCGGGGAGCUCGAGCAGUCGUGACUCAAGCCCCGAAGGUCCCAAAUCGUCGCGAAACAGAAUGCACAAGAGCGAAACCAACUCGCCAUAUGCGUUCGGUCACUCUAGGUCUUACAUCCUGAACUCGCCCGAGGCCUCCGCAUCGGAUAUCUCGCUUCCUCUGACGAACGGGUCGACCAGCCAGUUUAUCGACCAUGGGAGGAGAGAGACCAGCCCCAGUCCAACGAGCGCUGGGAGCUCGAGUAUGAGAUACGUGUAUUCGAAGGGGGGCGCCACACCUGCGCCCGAGCAUGGGACGACUGCAGCAGAGAGAUAUGUCGGGCCUGAUGGUGUAGUUCCGAAGCAACCGAAGUUGGCUUGGCCUUUGACGUUGGGAUUGUUGAUCACAGUGACUGUGUUAGUGGCGGUCAAUGCGGAAUGGCUCGUGGAGGCCAUGGACGGGCUGAAUCCGAUGAUUAGCAAGCAAUGGAUUGGUCUAAUCUUGUUGCCUGCCAUCAGCUCUAUUGCAGAGUGCGCGACGGCCAUGAACGUGUCUGUCAAGGACCAGCUGACGCUGAGCGUUAGUGUAGCUAUCGGUUCUACGAUCCAAACGGCACUCUUCGUCACUCCGUUGAUGAUCGUCCUGGGCUGGGCGAUGUCCAAACCCCUUGCUCUCCUCUUCGACCCUUUCCAGUCUGUCGUGUUGUAUAUCUCCGUGCACACCAUGGGCUACGUCGUGGCGGAUGGAAAGUCCAACUGGCUUGAGGGCGCGAUCCUCAUUUGCCUCUAUGUGGUGAUCGCCGUCUGUUUCUGGUUCUAUCCCGGAUCUACGUUCUCGUACACUCUCGCUUCAUGUGCUAGCGCUCCCUGAUUUGGACAUUUCUCAUCAUCUGCUCUCAUCGUACCCUUGCAUGGACUCCACCAUUGGACUCUUCCCACAAUUCGAGCACAUCAUCUCUCACUUUCAGCUUCACAUACACUGCAUUCUUAGACGACCGCUCUCUGCAACGUUUCCUUCUUUCCCUUAGAUUUGUAAAUCGUCUUGUCUUCUGCUUCUUCUAGAUCUAGAUCUCUUUCUCAAAAGACUGUAACAUACAUUACUCUGUCCCCUGCACGUCGCGCACGGCCGUUUGUUCGUCAGAUUCUUCUCCAUCAUACCGUACUGUAUAUACCAACCACAUCAUCCCGUAUCUCCCCUCCCUCCCUC